AUGGCAGAGCUGACGGACGCGGAGCUCCGCAAGGAGCUGCUGGCGCUCGGCUACCGCCCGGGGCCUAUCACCGCCACCACCCGCAAGGUCUACAUCAAGAAGCUGGGCUGCCUGCGGGCCGAGGUGGCGGCGGCCCGGCGCAGCGGCCGCACCGCACCGCCCAGCCCGGGCCGCUCUUUCACAGGGCCGCCGCAGGCCUCUCCCUCGCGGCAGCGCUCCGGCUUCACCGGCGGGGCCGCCCGUGAGAGUGAGGAGGAGGACGAGGAGGAGGAAGAGGAGGAGGAAGUGGGGCGGCCGCCUGCGUCCCGCUGGGGGACGUCGGGGGAGAGCGGCGGGCAGGCCUGGGGGGACCCCCGGGGAUCCCCGCCGGGCCGGGGUGGAGGCCUCAGGGCUGAGGGCGGCCUGUCCCGGGACAGCCUCGGGAGGCUGAGCACUUCGGAGCAGUGGGGGACGACUGUGGAGAGAGGUGGCACUGGGCUCGGGGCAUCCCUGGCUGGCCACGGGGGGUUCAGUUCCCCCUCGCAGUGGGACACGUCCAUAGAAAGGAGCGGGGGCCUGGGAGUGGACAGGGUGGGGGAACUGAGCUCUGCAUCCCAUUGGGACACAUCCAGAGAUGUCGCAGAGCACGGCCGGGGGCUCAGCCAGGGGCUGGGGACGACCUUGGAUGGCUUUCGGGGCUCCUCACUGCAGUGGGGCGCCUCAGAGAGGAGCGGGGGGCUCAGCAGUGGCCUGAGACCGACCCUGGACAGGUUUCGAGGGUCAAACUCCGCGUCCCAGUGGAGCCCUUCAGCAGAGAGGAGUGGGGGGCUCGGCAGCCGGGCUGGCUCGGGGUUGGAUGGGCUGAGCUCCACACCCUACUGGGCCUCCUCGGCAGGCUCCAAACCCCUUCCCGGUGAGGACAAGUCCAGGAGCCAUUGGGGGACAUCAGGAGGGGGAAUCGGGGCGCAGAGCUCCCGGCCUGCCUGGGAUACGGCAGGGGAGAGGAAGGGGCUCUCCUCCAACACCUGGUGGAGACAGGAGAGCGAGGGGACCCCCAGCACCCAGUGGGGCUCCUCGGCGGCCCCCGGGAGGUUCAGCAGCCUGUUCAGGAGAGGGAAGGAGGAUCUGGCUUCCAGCAUUGGGAAGGAGGCGGAGCGGGACGCGGGCAGCCGGGCUGGGGGGCUGAUCCGGCGCUUCCCGUGGCGAGCAGCCAGCGAUGGGGGGCACGGAGUGACCCCGCGCACGGCCCUGCUGCGCUCAGCGCCGAGGCAGCAGCCGGAGGGAAAAGGGAAAGGCCUGGAAUAUUACCUGUCCCAGUUCCUCUGCCUUGCCAGCUUGGUGCUGCUCCUGAUUUUUCUGGGCAUCCUCGUGGUGAAGAUGGUUGGGUCAGGCUGGCUGGACGGGACAGAGGAGAGAUUUAAUCUCUUGCCUGUGGAUUGUGACAAAAGCACGGAUGAUUUCUGCCAGACCAAGCACAAGGACGUGACCAUGGCCGUGCUGCACGAGCUCUACAAUUACCUGGCUGUGCAGGCAGGUAAUUUUGAAUGUGGAAAUCCUGAGAACCUAAAAAGCAAAUGCAUUUGGAUUAGUGAGGCGAAGGAACACGUGCUGAAUGUAACUGGCAGUUCCACACAGAAGUUUAAAGCUGCCCUGGAUUGGAUACUGAACAGCAACAAGGAUUUGGGAAUUCGGUUGAGAGGCAGGGUCAUGUCAGAGCCUGUUUCCAGCGUGGAGGAAGUGUUCUGCCUGGAAUCUGCCCACCCCCAGAUGGGGCUGGGCUGUCGCUUCCGCCGGGCCAUGGUCACAGCCAUCAUGAACCUCUUCCUGUUCUUCUGGGGUCUGAUAACCCUUUGGGGGAUCCUGAUCUACCUCCGGUACCGCUGGCGGAAGAUGGAGGAGGAGGAACAAGCCAUGUAUGAAAUGGUGAAGAAGAUCAUAGCUGUUGUCCAGGACCACUACAAGGAAUGGGAGCGGAAUUUGGAGCGUUACCCCUACGUUGGCAUCUUCCACGUCCGGGACAGCCUGAUCCCUCCUCAGAGCAGAAAAAAGAUGAAGCGGGUGUGGGAGAGAGCCGUGGAUUUCCUGGCCUCCAACGAAUCCCGGAUCCAGACAGAAUCCCACAGGGUGGCAGGGGAGGACAUGCUGGUGUGGAGAUGGACUCAGCCCUCGUACCUGUCGGACUCGGAGCACUGAGGGCAGCAGGAGGAGCAGCCCUGGGUCAGGGUGGGGACAUGGAGCCUGUGCAGGGCUCAGGCCCUCGCUGGUGGUGGGAGGAGCAGGGCCUGGCCCGAGGGUUGGGAUCUGCACGGCUCUGUUUGCUCUCACUGCUGAAACUCUCCAAACACACACGUUCAGGGCAAUACUGGCUUGGAAGGAAGAUGGGCUUGAGCUGGUGGGAAGCUGGAAUUGCACCAAAGUGAGCCUUCCAGAGACCUGGCUCUCGUGGCAAGCAAACAACAACAACCUACAAAGAAAAACUGCACACCCAUCUUGAGGGCUGGGGGGCUCUGCCAGGGCCUGGGGGUGCAAAAUUUGACCUCAGUUCUGCAAAGGCCAACUGGUGGCAGAGUUCAUCUCAAAGAUAAACAUUUCCCAUGGAAACAUUAGGGUGGCAGUGCAGGCGUGUCUUUGUUUGUGUUUGUUUUUAUCAGUGCAAAGACAGUGAGGCAGCACUUGCUGCUUCCCAGCGAGGAAAAAUGUUUUGUGUUGGCUUCAUCCAUCCAAAACUGGGGAGAGGGGGAAUUGGGUGAAGGU